AUGGAGCUGCGGUGGAAAUUGUGCUGCUCCCUCGCCGUCUUGCUGGCGUGGGGGCAGUGUGUCGCUGGAGACGAGAGCACCCACCGGUAUGAGGUGGGCGACCCCAUCACCCUGUGGGUGAACAAAGUGGGACCCUACAACAACCCCCAGGAAACAUACAACUACUACCUGCUGCCCUUCUGCAAGCCCAAGCCAGGGGAGACCCCGCGCCACAAGUGGGGCGGUCUGGGCGAGGUGCUGCAGGGCAACGAGCUGAUCGACUCGCAGGUGGACAUGGCCUUCCGCCGCGACACGGCGCGCGCCACGCUGUGCUCGGUCCACCUGGACGACGCCAAGACCGGCGACUUCAUCGAGGCGGUGCGCCGCCACUACUGGUACGAGUUCUUCCUGGACGACCUGCCCAUCUGGGGGUUCGUGGGCCCGCCCCCCGAGGCCGCGCGCGACGGCGAGGCCACCUACAUUUACACCCACAAGACGCUGGACGUCGCGUACAAUGGGGACCGCGUGAUCCACGUCAACCUGACCAGCGAGGCGCCCGUGGCGCUGACCUCCGGCACCACCCUCGACUUCUCCCUCUCCCUGGCCUGGCAUGCGGUGGCCACGCCCCACGCCCGCCGCUUCGAGCGCUACCUGGACUACUCCUUCUUCGAGCACCAGAUCCACUGGUUCUCCAUCUUCAACUCCUUCAUGAUGGUCAUCUUCCUCACCGGCCUGGUGGCCAUGAUCAUGCUGCGCACGCUGCGGCGCGACUACGCGCGCUACACGCGCGGCGACGCCGGCGACGACCUCGAGUCGCUGGAGCGGGACGUGGGCGAGGAGUCCGGCUGGAAGCUCGUGCACGGCGACGUCUUCCGGCCCCCCGCCCGCCUCGACCUGCUGGCCGCGCUGACGGGGACGGGGGUGCAGCUGGCGCUGCUGGUCGCCGCCGUCAUCCUCAUCACCAUCGCGGGCACGCUCUUCGUCGAGCGCGGCACCAUCGUCACCGUCUUCAUCGUCUGCUACGCCCUCACCUCCUUCGUGGGCGGGUACGUCUCCGGCGGCUUCUACGCGCGCAACGACGGCAAGCUGUGGAUCAGGACGAUGCUGCUCACCGCCACCGUCUUCCCCCUCACCUGCUUCUCCAUCGCGGCGGUGCUCAACACCAUCGCCAUCUUCUACUCCUCCCUGGCGGCCGUGCCCUUUGGGUCCAUCGUCGUGGUCCUCCUCAUCUGGAUGUUCCUCUCCUUCCCCCUCUGCCUCUUCGGCACCGUGGUGGGCCGCAACUGGAACGGCGCGCCCGACUACCCCUGCAGGAUCAAGCGCAUCCCGUCCCCCGUGCCGGAGAAGAAGUGGUACCUGAGGCCCCUGGUCAUUGCCCUGGUGGGAGGCCUGCUUCCCUUUGGCUCCAUCUUCAUCGAGAUGUACUUUGUGUUCACCAGCUUCUGGAACUACAAGGUAUACUAUGUCUAUGGGUUCUUCCUGCUGGUGUUCCUCAUCCUGAUCAUCGUCACCAUCUGCGUGACCAUCGUGGCCUCCUACUUCCUGCUCAACGCGGAGAACUACCACUGGCACUGGACCUCCUUUGGGGCGGGGGCAUCCACAUCACUGUACGUGUUCCUCUACAGCGUACACUAUUUCUUCUGGAAGACCAAGAUGACCGGCUUCUUCCAGACCGCCUUCUACUUUGGUUACACGCUCAUGUUCUGCGUCGGCCUGAGCGUGAUGUGCGGGGCGGUGGGGCACCUGGGAGCAGGUGUGUUCGUGAGGCGCAUCUACCGCAACAUCAAGUGCGAUUGA